AGGCCGAAAAAAAAAAAAAAAAAAAAAAAAAAAAAAAAAAAAAAAAAAAAAAGGCUGACUCAUCAGUCGGUUUCUGAUCCCUCGACACCACCCGUACACUAGCCAGCCAGUCCAGUGUCGCAUUAUUCACGGACGCUCUGCCCAUGUCACCUCCCGGCCUUCACCCGUCGCGUCGCGGAACUUUUCUUUCGUCCAACAUGUGCAUAAAACGCGCCGCCACGCUGGCCCUAGCGGGCAUCGGCGUGGCGCUCGCCAUCGUCUCCUGCUGCUACAUGGCCGACAACUACCUCGUCAUCUCGCACCCUGCGCUAUGCGACGGCGUCUCGAACGCGACUCUCUGCUCCCAGGAGUUCCGCGCAGCGCGCCGCCAGCUCAGCGUGCUCCCGCAAGCGACCGACAAAGUCACCGCGGCGAUGGUUUCCGCCGUGGCGCUCCAGGUCCACGCGAUCAUCGCCGCCGCUGCGGAGAUUAAGCGCGCCAACGUCCGUCAGAACCACUUUAUUAAUGUGGUCGCGGACGAUUGCGGUACGCAGGGCGGCAUCGCGCUACGGUACCUGGACCGUACGAUCGACGCGAUCAACGACGAGACUGGACAGCACGACCGCGCGUUCUGGCUGUCCGCUGCGAGCACGCAAGUCGACAACUGCGUCGACGGCUUCAAGUCGCUCGCGCCCUCCGCCACAUUCCAACCCGCCUUCGUGCAUCUCGAGGCUGUUGCCAACAAAGCGAGCGACACCCUGGAAGCCGUCGUCGCGAUCGCGAAGAAGGCUGCGACGGCUCCUGCGACGAACAAUGGUCGCAUGCUCGCGUCGUCUGAGUCCACAGCCGGCGAAGGCGGCGCAAAGUGGCUGGACGACGACUUCGUAGCGCAGCUGCGACAGUUGCAGGCGGAGCUGAAUGCCUUGGGCGAUGGCGUUCACGAUUACGUCGCACGGCGACAGCUGAACCACAAGAACAAGAAGGCUAAGAAGAGCAAUAACAGCGGUAGCAGCAGCAGCGGCAAUAGCAGCGGCAGCGUCAGCAAGAGCAAGAGCAAGAAAAGCAAGAGCAAGAACAAGAAGGGCAAGAAAAACAAGAACAGCAGUAGCGGCAGCAGUGGCAGCGGCAGCGGCAGCGGCGGCAGCAAGAGCAAGAAGAAUAAGAAGGGCAGCGGCAGCAGCAAGAGCAAGAGCAAGAAGAAUAAGAAGGGCAGCGGUAGCAGCAACAGCGGCAGCAGCAAGAGCAAGAGCAAGAACAAGAAGAACAAGGAUAGCGGUAGCAGCAACAGCGGCGGCAGCAAUAGCGGCAGCGGCAGCAGCAGCAAGAGCAAGAGCAAGAACAAGAACAAGAGCAAGAGCGGCAAGUCUAAGGGCAGCAAGGGGAGCAGCGGGAAAACCUCUUCGGGAGCCAUUGUUUUCAGUAAGGGCCUCAGGGCCGAUGCCGUGGUGAAGGGCUCGAUUCAAGACGCGAUCGACGCCGCACCCGGCGGUGGCCGCUACGUGAUCUACGUCCCCGCCGGCACGUACAAGGAGCAGGUUGUCAUUGACACCCCCGACAUUAUCCUUAUCGGGGCGGGGGCGGGCUCUACUGUCGUCACGUACGACGAGAGCUACGGCAGCGGGUCGAGCACGUUCGAUUCCGCUACAGUCGGAGUGAACAGUGACCGGUUUGUCGUGUUCGGGAUGAAAUUUGUGAAUACGGCCGGCCCCGACAACCACCAGGCUGUAGCGUUCCGCGCUUCUGGCGACCAGUCGGCGGCGAUCGACUGCUCGUUCGAGGGUGCGCAAGAUACACUAUACGUGGACGCGGGUCGGCAGUACUACACGAACUGCUACAUCGGCGGCACGCAGGACUUCAUUUUCGGCGACGCGGCGGUGGUGAUAGAAAACGCGAAGAUUCAGCUGCAUCCGAGCAAGUCGUUUAUUACCCUCACGGCGUCGGGUCGCGCCAAGGACACGCCGACGGGGAUCGUGAUCCGCGGACUCGGCGGUGAGCGCCGAUAGUGGCGCGGCGAAGGCGUUUCUCGGGCGGCCGUGGAAGAAGUGCGCCUUCACCGUCUUCGUCAACACCGUGCUGCCCGCGAUCAUUCAGCCCGACGGGUGGUUGUCGUGGAACGAGGGCAGCUGCAUGUUCCUCGCCGAGUCGGGCAGCAAGGGCCCCGGCGCAAAAUCGUCCCGCGCGAGCUGGGUCGAUCCUGGGAUCAUCUCGAGCGCGUCGCAGUACACCGCCAGCAGUUUCGCCGAGGUCAACUCGUGGCUCACCUUCGCGUGAACGGCUGGGACCGACUCGUGACUGUAACUGAAGUGCCUUUUAGGAGUGGCAUGGCUUGAGCUGGGCCUGCCAUAUUGAGCGAGAUGACUUCCUGCACUCAGCCAUUUCGUGUGCUUGUAAUGCGGGCGCUAACCUGUUGUCAACAGUAGGAGUUUCAAGAGUUGUAGGUGCACCAUAUUUGUAGUGUUUUAGGCCACUUUCCAUGUCUACGUAUUAUGCCAAUAUAUGUUUUCCAUAAAU